GAAUUCCCUUCCCCCAAUGAAAAUGGAAAUGAUAUCACUUCGACUUACUCACUCACUCAAACUGAUGGUCCCCAUCUGACGUUUUUUCCCAAAAGGGCAUUUCCCAAAAUUUUGUGGCAAAACGGCUUAUCCUGCUUAUCAGUUAUCUUUCCUAUCGAAACGUGACAACCCAGUACAGGAACUUUGGAACGCAGACGAUAAAAUCCUAAUCGUUAAGUUUUGUUGAUAAGAAUAUCGGGUAUAAAAGAACACUUUCACACCUCACUGUACUUAUCAGUCACAUCAACAAUCGUAUUGGGAAUACAUCUCCAUAUCGGUGCCUCCAAUAUGAAGUACACGGUUACACUUUCGGUUACGACCAUUCUGGUCGCAGUGGUCUGUGGAGUCUCUGCGCUCCCAACCAAGAUCGAUAUCGAUUGGUCGCAAGUGCGUCCGAUCGAAGAGUUUGACCAUGUGAAGGCUCAUCUUCCAGUAAACCGGAACUCCCCAGGAACGCCACAACGUCGCAUUGUUAACGGACAAGAAGCUAAUCCGGGUCAGUUCCCGUACCAAGUGGCACUGCUCGGACAGUUUGAAGCCGGUAUCGGGCUUUGUGGUGCUUCGAUCAUUACCCAAAACUACAUCCUGACCGCUGCGCACUGUGUCUACAGUAGUACCAACGCCGACAAUCCCAUCGCAGGCGGUACAGCCAUUUUGGGUGCCCAGAAUCGCAUGGUGGAGGAACCGUCCCAGCAGCGCAUAUCGUUCACAUCGAGCGGAAUCAUUGGCCAUCCGGGAUACGAGCUGAUGAACAUCCGUAACGACAUUGCGGUGGUCCGGCUAGACGAACCGAUCGUCUAUACCGAGCGUAUACAACCGAUCCGGCUACCGGCACGCUCUGAUUCACGCACGUUUGCCGGUUUAAUCGGUACGGUAUCCGGGUUCGGUGUGUACUCGGUUGCAGCACCAGCACUUUCGGACGUACUGAACUACGUCUUCAAUCCCAUCAUUACGAACGCCGACUGUCUGGCGCAAUGGAAUGGAGUGGAGGAAUUGAUUCAGGCACAAAAUAUCUGCCAAUCCGGUGAUGGAGGCCGGUCCGCGUGCAACAGUGAUUCCGGUGGCCCCCUGACGGUGCAAGACAAUGCGGAAAGUCUGCUGGUGGGUGUAGUUUCCUUCGGUUCUUCGGGCGGUUGUGAUGAUGGCAUUCCAACGGUGUUUGCACGGGUUUCCUACUACUUGGGAUGGAUUGAAGACAAUUCCGACUUUGUCGCUGACGCAUGAUUGCCUUACUGAGGGCGGUUU